AUGUUCCCAUUAGGUGUUCCCCCACCCCUCUUGACUCCUGGAUUCCCUCAGGCUUCACAACAACUGCCGUUUCAACCUUCCGCAUUUAUGCGACCGCCACCGGCCGAUUUUUACGCCCUGCCUCCGACGCCUGGCAUGUUAACGGUGCCUGGACUUGUCCCUCAGCCAGGCUCGAAUCCCUUGGCUGUGCCUCCGGGUCUGAAUCCGGUUCCGCAAUUACUCCCUACGAGGACUCUUAGCCAGGGCGUAGUAACUCCAGUUGGGGGAUUGCUUUCCAUGGCCACAUCAAAAGCGGACGAAAUUUGGGUUGAAAGUGCGGCUUCCGGUGGCCGUGUGUACUAUUACAAUAUGCAAACUCGCGAGACAAGAUGGGAUCGACCGGAGGGCGUGACUGUACUUCGACAAGGAAAAGCGGAUGACGAACAGGCUGCAGACAAAAAGGGAAAGCCCACUUCUACCGAGAGUUCUCUUUUGGGUGCGUCUGUACAAAAGCCGCCUGAAGUGGCUGCAUGGAAGGAAUACCAGAGUGCUGACGGUAAACCCUAUUACCACAACGCUCAGACAGGCGAGACAACAUGGGAAAAACCGAAAGUCAUUGCUGAUUGGGAAGCCAAGAACCUUUAA